CGGCCCGCAGGUCGGAGCAGCGCCGAGCCGCCGGGAGCCGGCGGUGCAGCGAGGGUCCACGCUUGUGAUGCUCAAUGGAGAGUGAAAGCACAGAUUCAUGAUGAAAACCAGCCCCCGUCGGCCAUUGAUUCUCAAAAGACGGAGGCUGCCCCUUCCUGUUCAAAAUGCCCCAGGUGACACAGCAGAGGAGGAGCCGAAGGGGGCCCCUGCCCAACAAGAGCCUGCUCAAGCGCAGGCCCCCAAGGAGGUGGCGCAGCCCAACCCAUGCAAGUUUCCAGCUGGGAUCAAGAUCCUGAACCACCCGACUAUGCCCAACACCCAAGUGGUGGUCGUCCCCAACAACGCCAACAUCCAGAGCAUCAUCACAGCACUGACCGCCAAAGGGAAGGAGAGCGGCAGCAGCGGGCCCAACAAAUUCAUCCUCAUCAGCUGUGGGGGAGCCCCCACUCCCCCUCCAGGACCCCAGCCUCAAGCCCAAACCAGCAAGGACCCCAAGAGGAUGGAAGUGAUCACCGAGACCCUGGGACCAAAGUCCGCAGCUGGGGAUGAGAAUCUUCCAAGACCAGCGGGAGCCCUUCCUGGGCAGAGAUGGAAGAACUGUGCUGGCGGUGAGGCAGCCAGCUGCCCCCUGGACAACAGCUUGACCAACAUCCAGUGGCUUGGAAAGAUGACUUCUGACGGGCUGGCCUCCUGCAGCAUCAAGCAAGAGGUGGAAGAAAAGGAGAAUCGUCACCUGGAGCAGAGUCAGGCCAAGAGCCCACAGGUGGAGAGGCCCCCCGGAGCGUCGGCAGCCUGGCCAGACUCCGCGUCCGAGCGCCCCCCAUACUCCUACAUGGCCAUGAUACAGUUCGCCAUCAAUAGCACAGAGAGGAAGCGCAUGACCCUAAAAGACAUCUACACUUGGAUCGAGGACCACUUCCCCUAUUUCAAGCACAUCGCCAAGCCAGGCUGGAAGAACUCCAUCCGCCACAACCUCUCUCUCCAUGACAUGUUCGUCCGCGAGACGUCUGCCAACGGCAAGGUCUCCUUCUGGACCAUUCACCCCAGUGCCAAUCGCUACCUGACACUGGACCAGGUGUUUAAGCCACUGGACCCAGGGUCUGCACACUCGCCCGAGCACUCGGAAUCACAGCAGAAACGGCCAAACCCUGAUCUCCGCCGGAACGUGGCCAUCAAAACCGAGCUCCCCCUGGGUGCACGGCGGAAGAUGAAGCCUCUACUGCCGCGGGUCAGCUCAUACCUGGUGCCCAUCCAGUUCCCCGCGAACCCGUCGCUGGUGCUGCAGCCCUCAGUCAAGGUGCCCUUGCCCCUGGCGGCCUCGCUCAUGAGCUCAGAGCUUGCCCGCCACAGCAAGCGAGUCCGCAUCGCCCCCAAGGUGCUGCUAGCGGACGAGGGGGCGGCCCCUCUGCCCACAGCAGGACCGGUGACGGAAGAGAAGCUGCUCCUCACAGAAGGACUGUCGCCUCUGCUUCCUGUCCCUUCCAUCAAGGAGGAAGACGUCCAGCCUGGGGAGGAGACGCCACAUCUAGGGAGGCCCAUCAAGGUCGAGAGCCCGCCCCUGGAAGAGUGGCCUUCACCCUGCCCAUCGGUCAAGGAGGAGUCCUCCCACUCCUGGGAGGACUCGUCCUGCUCCCCAACCCCCAGGCCCAAGAAGGCCUCCAGCACUGGGUCCAGGUCCCCCGCCCGCCGUGUCUCUGACCUGCUGGUGAUCAAACGCAGGGAGGGGCGGGAGAUGAGCCGGUCUCGGAGGAAACAGCACCUCAUGCCACCCCGCCUGGACGAGCCCGAGCUGCUCCUCUCUGAGGGCCCAGGGGCUCCCCAACCAGCCCUGGCAGGGCCCCCGCAGCCUACCUGCCAGCUCGGCUCUCACCCAGAGGACGGAGGCCCCUUUAAGACACCCAUUAAGGAGAUGCUGCCCACCUCCUCCACCCCCAGCAAAUCUGCCCUCCCCAUGACCCCUGAGUCCUGGAGGCUCACACCCCCAGCCAAAGUGGGGGGGCUCGACUUCAGCCCCGUACGAAUCCCCCAAGGUGCCUUUGGCCCCUUGCCGGACUCCCUGGAGCUCGCGGAUCUCAGUGCCACUCCGCUGAAAAGCAUCCCCCUCUUUGACUCCCCCCGAGAGCUCCUCAAUUCCGAACCCUUUGACCUCGCCACUGACCCCUUCAGCAGCUGCCCACCCUCUGACAUGGAGGUCCCCAAGCCGGGUUCCCCCGAGCCACAGGUGGCCAGCCUAUCGGCCAACCGCUCUCUGACCGAGGGCCUGAUCCUGGACACGAUGAACGACAGCCUCAGCAAAAUCCUGCUGGACAUCAGCUUCCCCGGUCUGGAGGAGGACCUGCUGGGCCCUGGCAGUGUUAGCUGGACUCAGUGCAUUCCUGACCUGCGGUAGAGGCAGGGCUCCUGCCUGUCCCUCAAGCCAUCUGCUUGCCCUCCAGGCGCUUGGGGGCCGGCCUUCCAAGUCCUCUGCGAGGACAGUAGGCGGGGGCCGUCCGCUCGCCCAGCGCCCCACUCCCCGGACUGGUGAUGCUACAGCAGGCGCCCUGUCUGAGCCACCCUUGGGCCUUCUGCAAGCAGCAAGGUCCUGGGGCCUGGUAUCUGUGCCCCCAACUCCCUAUCAGGAUCUGAGAGUGGGAACAGCAGAAACAAGGGUGAGAAGGGAGGAGGGGCCCCCAGACUGUUGGCAUCUGUGCCCGACAACGCCCCCCCCCCGACCUUCCCUGCUCAAUGCAAGGUGGCCCUUGUAAAUAGUGUAUAUGCUCCAAAUUAUCCUCUAAUUAUAAACAUAAGCCUAUCUUCUUAGAUCAUUAUCUGGAGACUGCCAGAAGAGGGGUAGGAUGAUGGGGUGGGGGUUCCAGUUUGCUUCUGUUCCUUGCUUUUGGCUCCUGGAGGUGGGAGGGCUACAGUGCACGGUUCCUUCAGGGCCCCUCCCUCAAGAGUUCCUCACGGCAGGUGCCCAGAGGAGCGGGUCUGCCUGCCAGGGUGCCUCUCACUGCCCUUCCCUCCCACCAGCCCCCAUUUCCAAGUCAGCUUUCCUGCACGAAGAAAUCCUGGUAAAGGGGGCUCUUAUGGGUCGAGAGUUGAGGUGGGGGUGGGAGGUACCUGACCCAGAGUGGCUGCCCCCACGUGCCCAAGAGACUUUUCUCUGAUGAGGAGCCUAAUCAUGCCAGAGAGACCCGACAGGAGAUGGAGGCCAGCCUGCCUGCCCGCGGUACUGGCCUGCCUGCCCGCCCACCUUAGCUGGCACCACCGCCUCAUAGGGAGCCGCCCUGGGUCCCUGCUGACCGCACACACAGGCCCCGGCUCCAGAACACUACUGUAACUACCUACCCAAUAAAGCCCAAGGGCACAUGCUGGUC